AUGAUCAGCAACAUCGCAAGCGGUAGCCCUGCGACUGCUGCAGCUGGUGGUGGAUUGUGCUGCCAGCAGUGCGGCGCAGUUUCCUUGAAGGACUCACGCUUCAUCUCGAAUUUUGCAACCUCAGCGGGCGGGGCGACUGCCAUCAUGCUCCCGACUGGCAAUGUCAGCGUGACAGGAAAUGAGUUCACUAGCAACGCCGCCGCGGCUGAAGCCCCGCUGAACAGCCAAGAAGCAAGGCGGCUGCUGGAGCUGCUGCAGGCAGGCUCUUUGGACUCCGAUGAUGCGGCAUCGCUUGCGGUGUUGCAGGGCCAGGAUAAGAUCGCUCCUAGCUCGUUUUUCAGAUUACUAGGGGACGAUAUGCUGUACAAGUGA